AUGGCUGACGAAGCUGAGCUUUUGGAUUACGAAGAUGAAGAGCAAGAAACAGUUCAAGAGGCUAGACCUAAUGGAGAAGCUACAGCAAAGAAAGGUGUCAAAGGGGCAUACGUCACCAUACACAGUUCGGGAUUCCGUGAUUUCAUUCUCAAGCCGGAAUUAUUAAGAGCCAUCGUUGAUUGUGGCUUCGAACAUCCAUCUGAAGUUCAACAUGAAUGUAUACCUCAAGCCAUUUUAAGUAUGGAUGUACUGUGCCAAGCAAAGUCUGGGAUGGGCAAGACUGCCGUAUUCGUCAUAGCUACACUACAACAGCUCGAUCCCGAAGGAGAAGCCAAUACAACUGUUCUAGUCCUCUGUCACACAAGAGAACUUGCCUUCCAAAUAAGUAAAGAAUACGAACGAUUCUCUAAAUACAUGCCAAAGAUAAAGGUGGGUGUGUUCUUUGGUGGGAUGCCAAUACGUAAGGAUAUUGAAACACUAACAAAAUCUCCCGUUCACAUCGUUGUGGGGACUCCUGGUCGUAUUCUGGACCUAGUGAGGAGUAAAACAUUAAAGCUACAACAUGUCAAACACUUCAUCAUUGAUGAAUGUGAUAAAAUGCUGGAUACGCUCGAUAUGCGGCGUGAUGUUCAAGAAAUAUUCCGCAUGACUCCACAUCAAAAACAAGUCAUGAUGUUUAGCGCAACCAUGAGCAAAGAAAUACGCCCUGUUUGCAGAAACUUCAUGCAAGACCCGUUGGAAAUAUUUAUCGAGAAUGACUCGAAGUUGACUUUGCAUGGUCUACGGCAGCAUUAUGUUAAAGUCAAGGAAAAUGAGAAAAACAGAAAGCUUUUUGAGCUUCUUGAUGAACUGCAGUUCAACCAGGUUAUAAUCUUCGUCAAAUCCGUUCAACGAUGUAUGGCUUUGGCUCAGUUACUGGUCGACCAGAACUUCCCCGCGAUUGCAAUGCACCGUAAUAUGGCUCAGGAAGAACGUUUGGAACGUUAUCAAGCAUUUAAGAACUUUCAGAAACGUUUACUAGUGGCUACCAAUCUCUUCGGUCGAGGUAUGGACAUUGAACGUGUCAAUAUCGUCUUCAACUAUGAUAUGCCAGAAGAUUCCGACACCUACCUUCACAGAGUUGCUCGAGCUGGUCGUUUCGGAACUAAAGGAUUAGCCAUAACCUUCAUAUCAGAUGAAGUCGACGCGAAGGUACUCAAUGAAGUACAAAAUCGUUUUGAAGUUAAUAUCAGCGAGCUUCCUGACGUUAUGGAAAUAUCCAGCUACAUGGAAGACCGAUAA